CUGGAUCCCCCUCCCUGCCCUCUGUGUGGGCGUCCUCCUCACACUGCUCUACAGGGAGGGCAUGGAGCCGUUCUCUGCCUCAUAAGUUACCGGCUCAAAUGGGUGCUGGAAAAAUGGGGCUCACUCUAGUCUUUCCCUGGGUGAAGCCAGGGGCCCUGGGAGUGCCCGCCGCCCGUCCCCUGUAGGCACCCUGGGGAUGGGGUGCUGAGUUCCAGGCCUCAGUUCUUGCCGGCCUGAGGGGCUGCUGUGUGGGGUCCCAGCCUGUGACCCCCCCCUGCAGAUGCGGUCAGAGGAGACGGCCGACCUGCUGGCAGAGAAGGCCCAGAUCACGGAGGAGGAGGCCAAGCUCCUGGCGCAGAAGGCGGAGGAGGCCGAGCAGGAGAUGGAGCGCAUCAAGGCCACGGCCAUCCACAUGGAGGAGGAGAAGCACCUGAUGGAGCAGAAGGUGCUGAAGAUGGCGGAGGAGUCUGAGAGGAAGUCAGGGGCCGGGGCGCGGGGGUGUCCUGGGCAUCGCUUCUCCCGCCGGGCCGCUGAUUCUUGCUGGGCUGCUGGGACCGGAGCUGCUGGCGGCCCCUGUGGGUUCGCUCAGUGGGCCCCUAGUCCCCCUACCAUGCUGUGUCCGUGUCCACUCCCUCAAAGGGAGUCACUCCUGGGUGGGCUUCCUUACUCACUUGGUUUCCAAUAGACGCAGCGGGAGACACCACAGUAUGUGGCCUCCUUGCUGCUGUCUCACCUCAAGAGGGUG